AUGGCCAAGUUGGUAAGGCACCUCACUAGUAAUGAGGAGAUCGUCAGUUCGAAUCUGGCUGAAGGCAUUUUUUUGGUCAAGGCGUGA